GAGUAACAUUUUAUUUUGUCAACAUCUAAAACGAGAAAUGAAAAAAUCAGAAAAAAAUGUUGAAAAUACCGUUAAAGGUGUCCGAACGAGUGUCCACAAGCGAAAACAUCACACUCGACAAAAAGCGAUUCAAUUCGCGGCGGAGGAAGCGGCAAAGGGAGAAAUCUUACUUACGGAAUCCGGUGGUUUCUUAGAACCAGAUGAUGGGGAAACGUCCCUACAAUUUAAUCAGACUGAUAUCAAAGCUAACGUAGACAUAGCUUCAGCUGCUAAAAGUUUUGAAUUAAAACUUGAAAAUUUUGGGCCUUAUCGAUGUCGAUACACCCGAAAUGGGCGACACUUGUUAUUAGGAGGGAAAAUUGGGCAUGUUGCAGCCUUGGAUUGGGUAACAAAAAAGUUACAUUGUGAAUUAAAUGUUAUGGAAUCAGUACACGAUGUUUGUUGGUUACAUCUUGAAACUAUGUUUGCCGUUGCACAAAAACAGUGGGUUUAUAUUUACGAUCACCAAGGAAUUGAGUUGCAUUGCGUUAAGAGGUUAAAUAGAGUUAGUAAAAUGGAGUUUUUACCUUAUCAUUUCUUGUUAGCCACUGCAGGUGAAACUGGUUAUUUAUCAUGGUUGGAUAUAUCAAUAGGUGAAAUAGCCGGACAAUUUAAUACCAGAUUAGGACCUUUAAAUCUCCUUUCUCAAAAUCCCUACAAUGCAUGUUUAUGUGUUGGCCAUGCUAAAGGAGUUGUAUCAAUGUGGUCACCUACAGUUCGAGAACCUCUAGCAAAGAUUCUUUGUCAUAAAGCUCCCAUGACAGCUCUUCAUGUUGAUCCAAGAGGUCAACAUUUAGUAACAGCAGCUGUUGAUCGAACUGUUAAAGUUUGGGAUGUAAGAAAACUUGUGGGUCCUUUACAAUCGUACCAUUUUAAUAGUGUAGUUGGAAACGUUGCGUUUUCCCAAAAAGAUCUUUUAGCUGUCAGUAUGGGAAAUGUUGUUGAAAUUUUUAAUGAUUGCAUAUACAACACACAAAAAAAGCCUUAUCUUCGUCAUCGCUUUUCAUCUCACAUUUCCAACAUUAAUUUUGUACCUUAUGAAGAUGUUUUGGGGGUAGGCGUAAAGCACGGAUUCGCGAGCCUUUUAGUUCCAGGUUGUGGCGAACCUAAUUUUGACGCUCACGAAGCCAAUCCAUAUCAAACGAAAACGCAGAGACGCGAAGCCGAGGUUAAAGCUUUACUUGAAAAAAUCCAACCAGAUCUAAUUACUUUAGAUCCAACUAAAAUAGCGCAAGUGGAUACAGUUACAUUAAGGGAUAAAAUUGAAGCAAAGAAGAAGUUAUUGCAUGUAAAAGCCCCAAAAAUAAGUUAUGAAGGCAAAAAUAAAAUGAAAGGACGUGGUGGGGUAGCCAAAAUGGCACGUAAUAAAAAAAUUGUUAAUGAACUUGCUAAAAAGGAAUUUGUGAAGAAAGUGAAAGCUUUGAAAGAAAGUGGAGGAAAAAAUAAGAUUUUAAAAGCAACGAAACCUGCAAGUGCUUUGGAUCGAUUCUUACCUAAAAAAUAAACUUAUUUUAAUAAUUAUUAUUAAAUAAACUGAUUGAAACAAUAA